AUGGGCCCCAUCGUGGCGCUGUCGAGCGCCGGCCCGCUCAUGCACGUGUGCGGCUUCCGAGCACAGCGUCUGCCGAGGCGCAUGCCGCUCGGCGCCGUCAGUGCGCGCGCCGCACAACUGCGGAAUGCGGCAGUGGCUGCUGAUCCAGAGCAGCGCCCGCGCCUUGGCAACAACGAAAGGCGCGAACAGCGACGGAAAGCGGCGGAGCUGCAUCAGGCGAAGCUCCUCAAGCCAGUGCAGAUCGGCAAGGCGGGCGUCUCCCGCAACACGUACGUCAUGGUCGGGGACGCGCUCGAGAAGUACGGCCUCUGCAAGGUCAAGAUGGGCGGCGGGUGCACCAUGGAGCUGCCGGAGGUCAUCCACAUGGUCGAGGAGGCCUGCGGCUGCGUGUGCGUGCAGUCCGUGGGGUUCACCGCCAUCUUCUACAGGAAGCUGGGGCUGGAGCGGCCGGCGGCGACGCUGCCGGCGGCGGCGGGGGAGGUGGAGGCGAGCGAGAGCGAGGGGGAGUUCGAGGAGGGGGACUUUGCGGGCCCGCGACACAACCGGAGGCGCGAGGGGCCGAAGAAGAAGCGACGCGCCGCCAAGCCCGGAGGGGGCGGGAGGCAGGACAAGCCGGACCAGUUCACCGUGCUGUAG